CAAAACCAGACUAAUCGGAUAUAUGGUAUUAGUCUGGGGAAUUUUUUAUUAUGGCGAUGGAACAAGUUCAAAAAAUGGGCAUCCAACUGGUCAUCUCAGAUGACAUGAUUCUGUCAAAUGCACUAAAAACUGGAAACUUUAAUACUUUCCCAAUGUACUUUACGCUACGGGAACAUUUCCCAAUUUCCAAUUCGCCGAAAUGGCAGAAAGUGCAAACAAAUCUUGGUGAGCUGAGUUGGCUUUUGGCUUCCGGCCCAUUCUUGCAACACAUAAUAAUAACAACACAACACGAGUCGUGGACCAAUUCCUUAUCAAACAAGAGAUGUUCCCAAUAUCGUGCAAAAGAACAUGUAUUCCAACCAACGUGCGUUUAUCUGUUUCCAUUGUAUUCUUAAUUGGAUCAUUCGUGAAACCUAAAAUAUGUCAACUUCAAAAACAACAAAAAAUGCCAAAGCGUUUCGUAAACAUUUUCAUGCUACAUUUCGUUGAUGAUCAUUUUAUAACUUGUUGAUUCAAAUCUGGUUGUUCAUACUGCUGCAACAAAGACGUGUUAUAUUUACUAUCAUCACAAGAUUACAAACCUGUCUCAUGCAUGAUGAUGAGACUCUCAUCACCACGAAGAUCUGAAUCUGAGUCCGAAAGCAUGCGCCUACAUCCAGGCGAUACACGAUACGUAUCGUGCAUAACACAAUAUACCGUAGAUCGAACACUUAGGUAUUCUCUGCAUGUAUUUCUCUGUGGAAUGGAAUGGGAUGGAAUGACAAGGCGAAAUUGGGCAUUUUUGCCUUCACAAGCAGCAGCUGAAUUAUUAUAAAGGCCCGGCCACACGGAAAAAAAAUUAUGACUUUCAUGAGUAAAGUUGUACGUACAACAAUUUGACUCACAACAAAAAGAAUUGAUCGAGCCACACGGAAAUGUUUGCGCAAAAUCUGUCGCGAGUAAAAUUAUUGCAUGAAACGGGAAACGCCGUGUGAACGGUGAAGCGAGUAAAUUUUUACUCGCAAGUAAACUUUUUUUUACUUUGAACAUGUUCAAAGUAAAAUAAAAUUCUUACAUGAAAAAUCUCAAAAUCCUUAUCCUUUUAACGCAUUUAAAUGUAACAUCGAGUUGUCUCAAAACUGAAAGUUGGUUUAUUUCAUAAAUUCGCCCCAAAGAUUAAUUUGGUCUUGAUUAAAUUAAGCAAGGUAAUAAAACACUUAUUUUUAAAUAUAAAUGCUAUGAUUUUGUUAUUAAUGUAGCGCUACAUUAUUUAAAUAGCUUCAAAUGGACAAUAAAACGAUUGUUGCUCUCAUCCUAUUGAGACGUCGACUUAUUAGGCAAAGGUCCAAGAGAAAAUGUUGGAUUCAUCCACUAAAUUUGUUGCGGCCAACACUGGGCGAGCAUUUAAAGCUUGAAAUGAUGUACACUAGUUAUCCCGAUAAAUUCUUUGAGUACACGCCGAUGACUCCCAUCCAAUUCGAUAAGGUACUUGGCAUGGUGACAUUGGAUAUAACAUUGCAAGAUACAAAUUAUCGUCUUUCAAUACCUCCUCGUCACCGGCUAUUUAUUGGCCUCAGGUAUUUAGUAAGUGGGGAUUCAAUCAAAACUAUUGCAACCAGCUUUAGCCUUGGAAGGUCAACUGUGCAGAAUAUUAUAAAGUCCGUUAAUCAAGCUUUAUGGAAAAAUUUGCAACCGGUUUAUCUGAAAGUGCCAGAUAAAGAAAAGUGGAUGGACAUUGUGAAGGGAUUUGAUGAAAAGUGGAAUUUUCCUAAUUGUUUAAAAUAAAAAUGCGUUGAAAGGACAUUAAAUGUUCAAAGUAAAGUUUUUUGUUGCAUGAAGGUUUUGUGAGUAAAAUUUUACUCACCGAAGCUUGGUGUGAACACUAGGCACACAUACUU